CCGCGCUCCGCAUCACACGUCGGCGUUCACCGUGCCUCCGCCGGACAACUCCCGCCUCCGACCUCGCGGCAUGUCACUCGGCAGCUGACACCGACACCACGACUCGCCCGGUGCACCCCUCGCCGUGCUCGACCACCGCACGGCCCCUCGCAAGUGAGUCGCAGUGCCCGAACACCUUUCAGUGAUCGAUCAACGGUUUCCAAAAUAAGGACCCUACAAAUUUAUAAAGGAUGAUUCCGCGACGCAAGCACAACGCGUCCUCGGGCUCUCUGCCCGCGCCCGACGACAAGACCGCCAGCAAUGACUACAUACUGAACGCGGGCUCGGAGAAGUCUUGUGGCGGAUGGCGCGCGGCGGUGCGGCGGCGCCUGAACCGCAAGACGCUGCACAAGCGCGUGCCAGUGUCGCACUGGCUGCCGCGCUACUCCAGCCAGGACGCGCUAGGCGACCUCAUCGCCGGCGUCACCGUGGGACUCACCGUCAUCCCGCAGUCGCUCGCCUACUCCAACAUCGCGGGCCUGCCGCCGCAGCACGGCCUCUACGGCUCCUUCAUCGGCUGCUUCGUGUACAUCGUGCUGGGCGGCUGCCGCGCCGUGCCCGCCGGGCCCACCGCCAUCGCGUCGCUGCUCACGUGGCAGGUGGCCAACGGCGUGAUCGAGAAGGCGAUCCUGCUGUGCAUGCUGUCGGGGCUGGUGGAGCUGCUGAUGGGCGUGCUGGGGCUGGGGUUCCUGAUCGACUUCGUCUCGGGCCCGGUGUCGUCGGGCUUCACGUCGGCCGUGGCGCUGAUGAUCGCCACGAGCCAGGUCAAGGACCUGUUCGCCAUCAGCGUGACGGGCACCACGUUUCUGCAGCAGUGGAUCUCGGUGUUCCGCAACCUGCACGGCGCCGCGCUCUGGGACCCCGUGCUCGGCUUCCUCUGCAUCGCGCUGCUGCUCUCCAUGCGGCGCAUCGGCAUGGUGAAGCUGGGCGGCGCGGCGCCCAACGCGCGCCAGCGCUGGGUGACGCGCUGCUGCUGGCUGCUGGGCACGUGCCGCAACGCCGUCGUCGUCGUCGCCUCCGGCGCGCUCGGCUUCUGGUUCGUGGCCACGCAAGGCGCCGCGCCCGUGCGCCUCAUGGGCUCGAUCCCGUCCGGCGUGCCGGUGCCGGCGCUGCCGCCGGUGAGCUACGUGCGCGCCGACAACUCGACGGCCGACUUCCUCGAGAUGAUCUCGGAGAUGGGCUCCGGCAUCAUCGUGAUCCCGCUGAUCGUGCUGCUGGAGGACAUCGCCAUCUGCAAGGCGUUCUCGGACGGCAAGACCAUCGACGCGACGCAGGAGAUGAUCGCCAUCGGCACCUCCAACAUCGCCAACUCGUUCAUGGGCGCGUACCCGGGCGGCGGCUCGCUGGCGCGCUCCGUCGUCUCCAACGGCUCCGGCGCGCGCACGCCCUUCAACGGCCUCUACACGGGCAUCAUGGUGAUCCUGGCGCUGCAGUUCUUCACGCAGUACUUCGAGUUCAUCCCGAAGGCGGCGCUGGCGGCCGUCAUCAUCUCCGCCAUCGUCUUCAUGGUGGAGUACCACGUCGUCAAGCCCAUGUGGAGAGCUAAAAAGCUGGACCUGAUCCCGGGCAUCGGCACGUUCGUGCUGUGCCUCACGCUGCCGGUGGAGAUGGGCAUCCUCACCGGCGUCAUCGUCAACAUCAUCUUCAUCCUCUACCACGCCGCGCGCCCCAAGUUCUCCGUCGAGAUGCUCAAGACGGAGCGCGGCGUGGAGUACCUGAUGAUCACGCCGGACCGCUGCCUGAUGUUCCCGUCCGUGGACUACGUGAAGAAGCUGGUGACGAAGAGCGCCGGCGCCGGCUCGUGCGAAGCGGGCGCGGGCCCGUUGCCCGUGGUGCUCGAGUGCACGCACAUCUACAGCGCCGACUUCACGGCCGCCAAGUCCAUCCAGCAGCUGACGGCCGACUUCCACGAGCGCCGCCAGCCGCUGUACUUCUACAACGUGAAGCCGUCGGUGUGCUCGCUGUUCGAGGCGGUGGCCAAGCCGGAGCACUUCGUGACCUUCUACGAGGACGAGGAGCUGGACCGGCUGCUGGCCGCCGACGAGCGCCUGCAGCCGCGCAAGACGCUGCCCGCGGGCCAGGUGUAGCCCGCGAGACCCGGCGACGAUACAUUCACGGGUGUGACUGAUAUUUACACGCAGAGACAUAUAUUGUUACUACAUUUUUUAAUUAUUUAGACGUUGUAAAUACGUUUCCUAGAGUGAGCUCCGAACCGAUCGACGCGUGAUAGCGUCGAUGUAAAAUGUUGCGCCUCGGCGCGGGCCCGGCCCGCCCGGGCGGUAGGUAGAGUGGCAGAGAGUAUAUGGAUAGCUAUAUAUUAUAUUAUAUUAUAUUAUAUUAUAUAUUUUGUUACAAGUGUUGAGGCGGAGCGGCCCGGGCCCCGCGCCCGGGCGGACUGAUCGUACUUAGACAGUAACGCGCCUUGCGCCACGUUGUGAUUCUAGCUCGUAACUGAUAAACUCUCAUUCUAUCAUAGAUAUAUCGAUAAAUGUACGUGGCGGCCACCGGUUCCUGAUGACCCACAGAUUCUUUCGUAGGUACUAUUUAUAUUUUAUACCUAAAUACAGAUGGUUACGAGAAACGCAUGCCAACAUUAAUGACGUUGCCUUUUCUGUUGUACGUGAGGUACUUUGCAGCUGGUGGUCGCUAAAUAUCCUCUAUUUACUAUCGUCUUAUACAUCGCACUUAGUGCGGGCUGGGGUCAUAUUCAGGUACGCAAAAUAUCACAGCAAUAUAAUUUGAGUACUUAAUACAUAGAAUAUAAUAAUAUGUUAUGUACCUGAAUGUGGCUCGAGCGAUCAUUGUAGCGGAGGUUAGCCCGCGCCCGGCUCGACUGUCGCGUCAGUUUAUUCGAUACACCUAAGUAAACGAUGUGCAGUGUAAUUAUUUUGCUACGUUUACUUUAGUUUAAUGUUGGAAGCAUCUGCAGUUACUCUUUUUCGUUUUAACUGCCAGUCUAUACGAAGGACAGCUAGGCUACUCGAUCUCAGUUGUCUAUAAUCUAAUUAAGUACCUAAGGAAACCUAACAGUCGAGUGGAAAUGUAACGCAGCGCGUGGAGCUGCGACGCAGCGUCGCCGGCGCGGGCGCAGCGAACAUUGUUACAGUGUGAUAUGAUAUUGUAACGUAAAUUAUUUAUUUUGUAGAUAAAUAUAGUACAAGUUAGGAUGUAAUGUUCAUAGUGUAAAGUUAAGUUGUGAAGCUUUAAGCGGCCUACAGAGGGCAGCGCCGGUGCCGCGCCGCCCCUCCCCCUCACCGCCGUGAGGAUCUGCCCCCCACCCCUCCCACCAGCAGCUGACAGGCGCCGGACCAUUGCUACAUAACUACUCAUAUCUACAAGUACCUGUAAACUACCUGUACAAUAUACAUAUACCAGAUGAAAAUAUUUUAUUAAUCGAUUUAUAUGUAGUAAAUAAAACACAGAAGGAUAAUUUAUUAUAUACCUAAUGGAUAAAGUCGUAUAAACUGAUUGAUAUUUACGAAUUAUAUUUUGUAAUGAUUUAAAUAAAUAAGUGACAGGAGUGACGUUAAUAUUAUUAUGAUAAGAGACGCCAUUACGCCCCUCCCCACAUAGCUGUCGCCCCUCCCCUCCCCCCCCACCCCCGCGGAGCCGCGGCGGCGCCGGCGCCGGCGAGGAGCGCGCCUAGCGUGCGGGAUAGUAUAAUGUUGUGUUCUAAGAACAAAUUAAUAAACUCUAUGAGGGUUACAAAACUUAAAA